UGCUCUCUAUGCACGCAUGCAAAUCACAGGUGCUUCCAGGACGCACGAUAGCUUCCAGGACAGAUAUCCUAUAAGGGAUGAUGACUCCAUCUGCGGUCUUUGUCUUGUUGGCUGUUCUAGGACAGACAAAUGGCCAUUUUGGUCCAGAUCCUAAUAUUGCUAAAGGUGGAAACGUGAUUCAGUCCUCCCUGGGGUGGAAUGGGGUGCCUGAAAGGGCCAUUGAUGGAAAUCGUGCUAGCAUUUAUGGACAGGAAUCCUGUAGCCACACACAAAACGAUUUAAAACCAUGGUGGAGACUGAACCUCCUGAAGACGUAUAAAAUCAACACUGUCACCAUCACCAACAGAAGAGAUUGUUGCCACGAAAGAAUCAAUGGGGCUGAGAUCCGCAUUGGAAAUUCCCUCAAUGACAAUGGCAACGAUAAUCCCAGAUGUGCUGUUAUCUCGUCUAUCGCAGCUGGGACCUCCGAAACCUUUGUGUGUAAUGGAAUGGAAGGUCGUUAUGUAAACAUUGUGAUUCCUGGUAGAGCAGAAUACCUGACACUGUGUGAGGUGGAAGUCACUGGUCAGCCUUCAGGAAACACUGCUCCAACUGGUCCAGAUCCUAAUAUUGCUAAAGGUGGAAACGUGAUUCAGUCCUCCCUGGGGUGGAAUGGCGUCCCUGAAAGGGCCAUUGAUGGAAAUCGUGCUAGCAUUUAUGGACAGGAAUCCUGUAGCCACACACAAAACGAUUUAAAACCAUGGUGGAGACUGGACCUCCUGAAGACGUAUAAAAUCAACACUGUCACCAUCACCAACAGAAAGGAUUGUUGCCACGAAAGAAUCAAUGGGGCUGAGAUCCGCAUUGGAAAUUCCCUCAAUGACAAUGGCAAUGAUAAUCCCAGAUGUGCUGUUAUCUCGUCUAUCGCAGCUGGGACCUCCGAAACCUUUGUGUGUAAUGGAAUGGAAGGUCGUUAUGUAAACAUUGUGAUUCCUGGUAGAGCAGAAUACCUGACACUGUGUGAGGUGGAAGUCACUGGUCAGCCUUCAGGAAACACUGCUCCAACUGAUCCUAAUAUUGCUAAAGGUGGAAACGUGAUUCAGUCCUCCCUGGGGUGGAAUGGCGUCCCUGAAAGGGCCAUUGAUGGAAAUCGUGCUAGCAUUUAUGGACAGGAAUCCUGUAGCCACACACAAAACGAUUUAAAACCAUGGUGGAGACUGGACCUCCUGAAGACGUAUAAAAUCAACACUGUCACCAUCACCAACAGAAAGGAUUGUUGCCACGAAAGAAUCAAUGGGGCUGAGAUCCGCAUUGGAAAUUCCCUCAAUGACAAUGGCAAUGAUAAUCCCAGAUGUGCUGUUAUCUCGUCUAUCGCAGCUGGGACCUCCGAAACCUUUACGUGUAAUGGAAUGGAAGGUCGUUAUGUAAACAUUGUGAUUCCUGGUAGAGCAGAAUACCUGACACUGUGUGAGGUGGAAGUCACUGGUCAGCCUUCAGGAAACACUGCUCCAACUGGUCCAGAUCCUAAUAUUGCUAAAGGUGGAAACGUGAUUCAGUCCUCCCUGGGGUGGAAUGGCGUCCCUGAAAGGGCCAUUGAUGGAAAUCGUGCUAGCAUUUAUGGACAGGAAUCCUGUAGCCACACACAAAAUGAUUUAAAACCAUGGUGGAGACUGGACCUCCUGAAGACGUAUAAAAUCAAAACUGUCACCAUCACCAACAGAAAAGAUUGUUGCCACGAAAGAAUCAAUGGGGCUGAGAUCCGCAUUGGAAAUUCCCUCAAUGACAAUGGCAACGAUAAUCCCAGAUGUGCUGUUAUCUCGUCUAUCGCAGCUGGGACCUCCGAAACCUUUACGUGUAAUGGAAUGGAAGGUCGUUAUGUAAACAUUGUGAUUCCUGGUAGAGCAGAAUACCUGACACUGUGUGAGGUGGAAGUCACUGGUCAGCCUUCAGAAAUAACUACUCCAAUUGAUCUUAAUAUUGCUAAAGGUGGACAAGUGACUCAGUCCUCUGUGAAAGACAAUGGCGUCCCUGAAAGGGCCAUUGAUGGAAAUCGUGCUAGCGACUGGGGACAGGGAUCCUGUAGCCACGCAGGAAAUGAUGUAAAACCAUGGUGGAGACUGGACCUCCUGAAGACGUAUAAAAUCAACACUGUCACCAUCACCAACAGAAGAGAUGCUGUCUCGGAAAGAAUCAAUGGUGCUGAGAUCCGCACUGGAAAUUUCAUCAAUGACAAUGGCAAUGAUAAUCCCAGAUGUGCUGUUAUCUAUUGCAGCUGGGACCUCCAAAACCUUUCAUUGUAAUGGAAUGAAAGGUCAAUAUGUAAACAUUGUGAUUCCAAGACAAGAAUACCUGACACUGUGUGAGGUGGUAGUCACUGGAACUUAACAGCUUGAUCAGACAGUGACUUUACCUUGCUCCAUCUUUUCCUGCUCUCCAGACUAUAAUUAGCUCUGUCUUCCUAAUGUUGUGGUGGAAACUUACUACUGUAAUGUGGAAAACAAUCUUGUGUUUAAUUAUUAUUUAAUAAUCAGUUGUUGAAUACAUUUCAUUUCAAAACAAUAAUAUGGAUAAU